GAGAAUAAGGCAUCGCAAAGACACAUACACGUCAGAAAAUGACAAAAACGUCCACAAACCCAGUCUGUGAGUUUAGUAAAGAGAGUGGUUUGUUUUUCUGACCGGAAAUGGGAUAGGUAUUAUAGUUUCUGUUUUAUUAUCUCGCUGGAUAACGAUGAAGGUCGUUUUACUGCUGCUGCUGCUGCCCUGCGUCUGUGUUUGCAUGGGCACACUUCAUCGUAUUGUGUACUAUGGUGACAAAGCCCAAUUUUCUCUCGGAUACAGAUCUACAGUCUUGAAGUUCUACCCCGUGGAUGGGAGAGAGCUAAUUAUUUGGGAAAAAUCUGGUUCUCAAAAUAAUUCAACCCAAAGGGGGAAGAGGGUUGGUAGUAACUAUGAGAUAUACAAUGUAACCUAUCAAGACAGUGGAACCUAUAAAGUGAUGGGUAGAUUUGACAUCAAUGUGGCAACAUAUUGCCUUAAAGUAGAAGCCUUGGCAAUGUCUAAUAUUCUGGCAGUUAAUGAGAGCUCCAACUAUACUUUCCAACUUGAUAAAAAUGCCUGCAACAUUAAUGUCAUCCCAUUCAAAAGUGGAGAAGAUCCAUCUAAGAUUGUUUUAGUUCAUAACGGACAGCUGCAGAGGGGUUCACUUGAAUCUUUCUGUGAAGCACUGGAAUAUAAAGAACCGUGUCAAAUUUUAAUGAAUGAUGCCACAACAUCAUGCAGUGGUCGUUAUGAGAUCAAGGAUAAUCUUGGCAACUUGGCGUACUCUAUGGAACUAAAUGUACUCAGCAACAUAAUUCAUCUUUUGAAGGAUUUUGAGGAUACGUUCAAGAUAGCGUUUGAUUCCCGAGCAUAUUCAUUAUCAUUAUUCUAUUCUGGAGGAGGAAAAGAGAUACUUCUUUGGAGUGCUUCAAAUACUCAAAUUCCUACGAAAUAUAGGGGGGGAAAGAUUGGAAGGCACUAUGUGAUUAAUUAUUUAACCUAUAAAGAUGAAGGCAUCUAUGUAGUGAAGGAUAAAGCUGGCCGUCAUGUCAUCGCAUAUUCUCUUGGAGUAGAAGCGAAAAAACUCUGCCUUGACUCUAAUCUUGAGGAAAGAUUUGAGUACAGUUUCAAUCUAGUAAAAGAUGAAUGCAGCAUUUCAUUUAUUCAGAAAAAAGAUGGCCAAGAAGUAGCCUUGCUUAACUUAGUCGAUAAAGGCAGGCAGCAGAUGGCCAACUUAUUUUUCUGUGACGGCCUUAAGUAUGUGGAGCCGUGCAUGAUUUACAUGACCUCUGCCAUUACGUCAUGCAGUGGACGCUUUGAAGUCAAAGAUAGUAAUGGCAACCUGGCCUACUCUUUGGAACUAAGUAUUGUCUCUCCAUUUAAUGUAUCGGCCUUUGUGAUUUCCAUCAUUGUUAUUGGUCCUAUACUCCUUUCGUGCAUCAAGUUCUGCUGCUGCACGAAACCCCCUACAAAGAACGCUGAGGAUGCUGCAGACGCUGAUGAAUCUUCUCAAAAUUACAAUGAGGAGCAUGAACGAGAGCCUAUAGGUAACAACAGUAGGCCUUGUGAUACACCGUACCUUGUUCAACCACAUUCUUCACUGAGCCCACUGAUACACAAUACUACUGUGGACCCACCCCCUGCAUAUUCUGAGAUAUUCAAUCCUAUGGUUGAUGCGCCACCUGCAUAUUCUGAGGUUUCAGCUCCAGCUAAUCGGAAGCAUUCUUCAUCUGCCACUGUUUCCUGUGACCACUCUCCCCCUCCACCCUGUGACUCUACUGUGCCUUUCUCUGGUGGACCCACUGCCCCACUCUCCUCUGUGAAUGAGCCACGGUUUGAAGUUGAAGGUCUGAAUAUCUCCUCAGCUUCCCCUCUCAGAUCAGACUCAACCGUCACUGAUGUCUAUAUCUCAGACCAACUCAACUUUCUCUGAAAACUUUAAAAUGAAGAAGACCAUUGAAACAUGUCAGAGUCGGAGACUUACAUAUCCCUCAAUGUCUUUGGCUGGUACAACAGUUUCAAAGAAUCAGUCUGUUACACAACUGCCAUAAUGAAACAAAAACAAGGAAUGUAAUUCAAUUCCCAGGUCAUAAGGUGGUGCAUUAAUACUUAUGUUAAUGCACCAUUAUAAUAUGUGCAUGGAGGUCAUGUACAGUAUUACUAAUAUAAAGCCAUCAGUUUCCAAUGUAGUUCAGUUGCUGGGUGCAAUCCUGUCAGGAUUUAAGCAACAAAUAAAUUGCAGCCUUAAUGUGGAAAACUUCAGGGAUUGUUCUGCAGUGCUUUAGACCUUUACCCAGAUUUGGUCACUCCAAACUAAUGAGGUGACAAUAAAACACCUCUAUACCACUGUGCACUUCCGACUUAGUAUAUUUAUUUUCAUUGAAAAUGGAUGUGCAUGGUACCAGUUAAAAUACAACUCAUCGUGUUAUUGUAAUGUGUUGGGCAUACAAUUAUUGAGAGUCUCUGUAUAUAUUUAAGCUGUUUUAUAUGUAUAUCUCUUAAAAUAUUAAAUGUAACACUAAAGUAUCCUGAUACUUUUCUCGCGCUUCAUGUUCUUACUAAAUGUGCUUUGAUGUUUGGUGAAAUAACCAGGUUGUUGUACCCCUUUAUAGUCUACAGCUGUGUUAUAUUUUGUGACUAGGAUGAACAUUUUCUCAUUUUCUUUUACAUGUGAAGUUGCAUAACAUUGUAAACAUAAUGCAUGUACACAAUAAAAUACAUUUAAUAAUU